AUGGUCCAGUGUCAGCACGCAUUCAUACCUCAAUGAUUGGAUGUGUCUUUAUAUGAUCACAUCUCCAUCCAUUUCCAUCCAAGGAGCUGCCUUUUCUUGCUGCCUUGCUCUCUUUCUGGGAGGUUGCUGCAAUCUGUCUCUGAAGGAGGAGGAGGAGCAGUAUGAUCAGGUUGUGGGUGGUGGCCACAUGGCUGACUGUUUGCGCGGCGGCGGCACACCCCGGCGAGCAGCCGCUGUCGAGGAUCGCCGUCGAGAGGAUGGUCCUUGCCGUCGAUGAAUCGGCGCAUGUCAAGGCGUCUCCUUUGGUUCUUGGACUGAAGGGUCAGACCAGUGAAUGGGUAGAUGUAGAGUUCUUCCAUCCAAAACCCUCCAGUGAUGACUGGAUUGGAGUGUUUUCUCCAGCUGAUUUCAGUUCUUCAGUCUGUGAGGCUUAUGGUGUUCCACAAUAUUACCCAAUGCUAUGCACAGCACCUAUCAAGUACCAAUUUGCGAACUUCAGUAAUGAUGGCUAUAGUAAGUCUGGGAAGGGCUACCUGAAGCUUCAGUUAAUCAACCAGAGGGAGGAUUUCUCAUUUGCACUUUUUUCUGGUGGCCUCAAGAAGCCGAAGCUGGUUGCUGUCUCAAACAAGAUCUCAUUUGCGAAUCCGAAGGCGCCUGUGUACCCACGUUUGGCGCAAGGGAAGUCUUGGAAUGAAAUGACAGUCACUUGGACAAGUGGGUACGAUAUUAAAGAAGCCGUUCCUUUCGUUGAAUGGGGCGCGAAAGGAGGACCUCGGUUACUUUCUCCAGCUGGAACUUUAACAUUUGACAGAAACAGCAUGUGUGGUGCACCGGCACGAACUGUUGGAUGGCGCCAUCCUGGUUACAUCCAUACAAGUUACUUGAAGGAACUGUGGCCAGAUUCACUGUAUACCUACAGACUUGGCCAUAGGUUACCAAAUGGUACCCACAUCUGGAGCAAGUCAUACAGCUUCAAAGCAUCACCUUAUCCUGGACAAGAUUCUGUGCAGAGAGUGGUCAUAUUUGGAGACAUGGGAAAGGCAGAGGCAGAUGGUUCAAAUGAGUUCAAUGACUUCCAGCCAGGUUCGCUGCAAACUACUAACCAGAUCAUCAGAGACCUGAAAAACAUUGACAUGGUGGUCCAUAUUGGGGAUAUUUGCUAUGCAAAUGGUUACUUGUCGCAGUGGGAUCAGUUCACCGCGCAGAUCGAACCGAUUGCUUCGACUGUGCCAUACAUGAUUGGCAUGGGUAACCAUGAGAGGGAUUGGCCAGGAACUGGUUCUUUCUAUAAAAACCUUGACUCCGGUGGAGAAUGUGGUGUUCCUGCUCAAACUAUGUUCUAUACUCCUUCUGUAAAUCGUGCAAAAUUAUGGUAUGCGACGGACUAUGGCAUGUUCAGGUUCUGCAUUGCUAAUACAGAAGAGGACUGGAGGCCGGGGACCGAGCAGUAUAAGUUCAUUGAGCAAUGCCUGUCAUCGGUCGACAGGUCGAAGCAACCAUGGCUCAUCUUCCUUGCACACCGUGUUCUCGGGUAUUCAUCGUGCACCUACUACGAAGAAGAGGGUACAUUUGAGGAACCGAUGGGACGAGAAGCACUACAAGAACUUUGGCAGAAGUACAAGGUCGACCUCGCCUUCUAUGGUCAUGUCCACAACUAUGAAAGAACAUGUCCGGUCUAUCAGAGUAAAUGUGUUGCUGAUGGUUCAGACCAUUACAGUGGUCCAUUCACGGCGACAACGCAUGUGGUCGUUGGCGGUGCUGGUGCCAGCAUCUACGACUCAAAAUUCACCACUUCAAAUAUCAACUGGAGUUACUAUAGAGACUUCGACUAUGGUUUUGUCAAGCUUACAGCUUUGAAUCGUUCAUCCUUGCUAUUUGAGUACAAGAAGAGUAGCGACGGCAAUGUAUAUGAUCAUUUCACAAUCUCACGCGACUACCGGGACAUCCUGGCCUGUUCAAUUGACAACUGCCCUCGGACCACACUGGCUACCUAAAGCAUGAACAGCUCUAGACAGGGUCGCAGGUAGAUUAAUUGAUGGAUACUUUUAGAGAAAGCUAGUUCAUGUACAUAGUCCAUUGGGACUAUUCCAAUAAAUCUGAAUAAAUACGAAAUUUUCCUGACUG